UGCGCCUGCUGUAUGUGAUGUAAUCCGCUUGAGAAGCUAGGAAGGUGACUGAUUUAUUUAUUUCCUCGUCCUCCAUGAACGUGCAGCUGAAGCUCUAUGACCAUAAACGGCUUUGCGUUUUCUACUAAUUCAGAUUCUCUCCCCCAUUUCGGCAUCUGGUGAUAACUGGAACUCCUUGAAGAGGUUGGUUGACUGCAGCAAUAUUUGGUGCUUUGAUCCCAACGUAUACUGAAAGUUCCUAUAUAGGCAUUUAGUGGUUCAUUUUUUGGGAUUCACUACAAUACAGUUUUACAAUGUCAUUGUUGUCGAAGUUGCGGUGCAUUACAGUGGAUGUGACUGGCACAUUGCUAGCAUACAAGGGAGAGCUUGGUGACUACUAUUGUAUGGCAGCCAAAGCUGUAGGGCUGGAAUGCCCUGACUACAAAAGGGUGCAUGAGGGCUUCAAAUAUGCAUAUAAAGACAUGGCCACCAAGUAUCCAUGUUUCGGGCAUGCUGCGAAAAUGCCCAACAUCGUAUGGUGGAAAACUUGUGUCAGAGACUCCUUUAUAAGGGCUGGAUAUCAUUACGAUGAGGAGACAUUUGAGAAAGUGUUCCGACGUAUAUAUGCAUCCUUUGGUUCCUCUGCUCCUUAUUCCAUCUUUCCUGACUCCCAACCCUUUCUAAGAUGGGUCCAUGAACAAGGUCUUAAAGUUGGAAUUAUUAGCAAUGCAGAAUACCGUUAUCGAGAUGUAAUUCUUCCAGCCUUGGGUGUGCACCAGGGAACCGAUUGGGAUUUUGGAGUGUUCUCUGGUGUAGAAGGUGUGGAGAAACCAAACCCAAAGAUUUAUGAACUUGCACUCGAAAGGGCUGGAAAUCUGUCACCGGACGAGGUUCUGCACAUAGGGGACAGCAUGCGCAAAGACUAUGUCCCGGCAACAAGUAUUGGGAUGCAUGCAUUGUUAUUGGAUAGGUUCAAGACAUCUGAUGCCGAUGAGUGGAGGAAAUCUGGCGCAGUUGUCCUUCCCGACUUAGAAGCUGCAAAAGAAUGGAUUACUUCAGAGAAGUCAGCAAGCUGAGCUGCUGAAGGGCAUUUUCGCCGGUGAUGCUGCUGUUAACUUGUAAUCUCUUACCCGUAAACGAUGCAAUUCUGUUAACUUGUACCUGGCCGGCGGUGCGUUUGUGCAAUUUGUUUCUGUACCAUCUGAAUCAAGGCUGUAGCAUUUGCAGCAAAAUUACAAUGGAAAAGAGAUGCUUUUGGUUCAA